GCGACACAGGGAGGACAACAUGCGGGACUUAUAAUAGCAGAGGAUCUUCCCGGAUCUUCCCGGAUCUUCCCGGAUCUUCCAGGAUCUUCCCGGAUCUUCCUGGAUCUUCCCGGAUCUUCCCGGAUCUUUCUGGAUCUUCCCGGAUCUUCCUGGAUCUUCCCGGAUCUUCCCGGAUCUUUCUGGAUCUUCCCGGAUCUUCCUGGAUCUUCCUGGAUCUUCACGGAUCUUCCCAGAUCUUCCCGGAUCUUCCCGGAUCUUCCUGGAUCUUCCUGGAUCUUCCCAGAUCUUCCCAGAUCUUCCCGGAUCUUCCCGGAUCUUCCCAGAUCUUCCCGGAUCUUCCUGGAUCUUCCUGGAUCUUCCCAGAUCUUCUCAGAUCUUCCCAGAUCUUCCCAGAUCUUCCCGGAUCUUCCCUGAUCUUCCUGGAUCUUCCCGGAGCACUAGAAGCAAGAGACGAAGUGGCGUAUCGUUCAGACAGCUACCAAUUCCAGUGGGUGUCCGGAGUGUUCCUUACCGUGCUACAAGUCAGUCAUAUAGUGACACAACAGUGA